CCUCUCAACACUUCCGGGUUGGAAGAAGAGUGCUACAUCGUCACUGGGAACAGGAUGAAAGGGGACACAAGCAAAUUUAAGACCCACACUGCAACUUUGUACAAGAAAAAGAAACGGUCUUCUGCGUCUGAAAAAAGACCUCAGAAAUGGCCCCCUCAAGGCUUGGGGAGCGAGCAGCCUCAGGUACCUGUGUUGAGGAAGAGGGAGUCUCAGACACCAGCCCAGGGGAACUUAGAGAGUGAGCGGCCUCAAAAGGCCAAGAGGAAGAAGAGGAGGAGGGAGUUCCAGACACCAGCUCAGGAAAACAGGGAGAGUGGGCAGCCUCCGGUGUCCUUGCUGGGGAAGAGGAGGAGGGAGUUCCAGACACCAGCCCAGGAGAACNGNGAGAGUGAGCAGCCUCGGAAAGCCAAGAGAAGGAAGAAGAAAAAGAAAGAGUCCCAGCAGCCUACUUCCUCCCUUCUGAAAAAUCCAGAAACCUUCCGUAAAGCUAAAAAAACCACUUCUGCCCACAAAAAGAAAAAGAAUAGUGUUUUAGAGGUGGAUAUGGAAACUGGGAUCAUCCUUGUAGAUAAAGAAAACGUGGAGAACCUGCUAGAGACUUGUAGAAAGGAUGUGGACAUUGUUUAUGUUGAUAUGAGCAAGGGACAAAGGUCAGCAAGAGUGCGUGCAACAGAAGCGCUGCCCACUGCUAAACCACAGAAACAUGGCUGUCGAGAGCUGCACGGCGAUGUCAGGAGCAAAAAGAAACCAAAGCACCCCCAGCAAGUUGCACAGCCUGAGAGUAUCUCCCUGCCCCCAUCAGAGUCCUUGUCUUCUGAAGAUUUAGAAGGCACAAGCACAGAAGCAGCAGUGUUUUGUAAAAAGAAGUCUAAAAAAAAUGUGUUCAGGAACCAGAAACUGGAGCCUGUCCCUGACAGCCUUGAUAGCUCGGAGACUAUCUCUGAGAGUCGUGAUACCACACACCAUGGACAAGUUACUGGGGCUGGAGAAGAAGGUGAGAGCACCAAGGAAUCCCACAGUAUCAGGAAAAAGUCCAAGAAAAAGAAGCACAGAUCUGUUGCUCUUGCCACAUCUAGUGACAGUGCCUCAGCGCUAGACAGCAAGGCUGAGAAUGCCCGGGUGGACUCACCAGAAGGCAGCGGUGCUGUGAGGAAAGAGGAUGUGGACCACAGGCCAGCGGAGGCAGAAGCCCAGGCUUGUUCCACUGGGAAGCACAGGGAAGAGAUGCAGAGGUUAGAACCUACCCAUGAAGAAGAAAGCAAUUUGGAAUCAGCUAGCAAUUCUGCAACAAGACCCAUAUCUGAGGACCGGAGAGAUUCUGAUGACUCGGAUGUUGAUUUGGGCUCUGCAGUGAGACAGCUGCGAGAGUUCAUUCCUGACAUACAGGAAAGGGCGGCCACCACCAUCAGACGCAUGUAUCGGGACGACCUAGGGCGCUUCAAAGAAUUCAAGGCACAAGGUGUGGCUAUUAGAUUUGGCAAAUUUUCUGCUAAAGAAAAUAAACAAAUAGAAAAAAAUGUGCAAGAUUUCUUGUCCCUGACUGGAAUUGAGAGUGCAGACAAGCUGCUGUACACAGACAGAUACCCAGAGGAAAGGUCUCAGAUCACCAACCUAAAACGGAAGCAUGCCUUCAGACUGCACAUUGGGAAGGGCAUCGCUCGGCCCUGGAAGCUUGUGUACUACCGUGCAAAGAAGAUAUUUGAUGUGAAUAACUACAAAGGCAGGUACAAUGAAGAAGAUACUAAGAAGCUGAAGGCAUACCAUUCCCUCCAUGGAAACAACUGGAAAAAGAUUGGGGCCAUGGUGGCCCGAAGCAGCCUCUCAGUCGCCCUCAAGUUCUCUCAGAUUGGUGGUAAUAGAAACCUUGGUGCUUGGAGUAAGGCAGAAACCCAGAGGCUAAUCAAGGCUGUGGAGGAUGUGAUCCUAAAGAAGAUGUCUCCCCAGGAGUUAAAAGAACUGGAUUCUAGACUCCAGGAAGACCCUGAGGGUCGCUUGUCAAUUGUCCGGGAAAAACUCUACAAGGGCAUUUCAUGGGUGGAGGUGGAAGCUAGAGUGGAGACCCGGAACUGGAUGCAGUGCAAAAGUAAGUGGACAGAGAUUCUUACCAAAAGGAUGACCCAUGGUGGGUUCGUGUAUCGUGGGGUCAAUGCUCUACAGGCCAAAAUCACCCUUAUUGAAAGGUUGUAUGAACUAAAUGUGAAUGAUGCUAAUGAAAUAGACUGGGAAGAUCUUGCUGGCGCCAUAGGGGAUGUCCCUCCACCUUUUGUUCAGGCAAAAUUUUAUAAGCUGAAAGCUGCCUNCGUUCCCUUUUGGCAGAAAAAAACUUUUCCGGAAAUCAUUGACUACUUAUAUGAGAACAGUCUGCCUUUGCUGAAGAAAAAGUUAGACAAGAAAAUGGAGAAAAAAGUCGGCCAGAUUCAAACACCCGCAGCUCCCAAACAAGACUUCCUGUUCAAAGACAUCUUCCAUUGCGAUGAUGACAGUGAUGAAGGAGGCCCAGAGGAGCCCAGCGCCUCUGAUGUGCAGUGACUGGAUCGCCUCUUCCCUCAAACUGCUCUCUGUUCCCUUGGACCUGUGUGGUGCAUUGGCCAUAGAUCCCGCUCACAUGUGAUACCUUUCCCGUGCUGGGCACCGAGUUCACACUGCUGGAGCAUUGGUUGUCUGCAUCGGAGCCCAGCUGGACACAGCCCCAACUGGGUUCUCAGGACUGGGUGAAAGGGGCGUUCUUUGGUCAAUCAGGAGAGUUAAACCACCUGUAGGGGUUUCAGAGAAGAGAACUUAGGGUUUGGGUAACAAGAAGUAUUCCAUGAGAUCUGUACAUAGCAGUGCACACUACGUACUAUGGAAAUGGGGGGCGGAGUGGGGAGGGGGGAUUGAGGCCAGCCUGGGCUAUAUAGAUUCCUCCAGCAUACACACAUGCAAUGGGAUGCUGGAGCAUCCUCCAAAAGGAGAAGUGCAUUGCCCAGAGAACAGAUGAGGACUGCAGAGAAGCUCUAGCUCUGCAGGCCCCAAUGUCCCUGUGCUCCUUCCAGCUGUUCCCACACCCAGGCUGUCUGCUGCUGCCCUGCAGAGAAAUGUGUCCAUGUGUGACCCUUAGCAAAACACUGCUGCAAGGGAGUCUGGGACACCCAAGUGUUCAGACUUCUGCCCCAUCUGUGCUGGGGAGACAGAAGGGAAAGUGAGGCUAAUGAAACUGUCCGUACAUUGCUGUCUCUGUUGGUGCCACUCAGCAAUCUUCUGUCCCCCGAGAACUCUCAAGACAUAAUUUCUGAGGCACUAUUAGAAGGUGGGCUCUAAGGAGCUUCUGUACCUAGCACUUCCCCAGAUGUGCAGAUCACGGAGUAAUGAGGUAGAGCGCGCUAAUGCACCCAGCAUUCACGUGGGGCAGGAGGAUCAGGAGUUCAAAGUGGUCCUUACAAAUAGCAGGUUCUAGGCCAGCCUGGGCUAUAGAUGACUCUGGCUCUAACAAACACACAAAUAAAACAUUGUGUGAAUGAUGGUAUUUUAAUACAUGGUUCUCUACCCAGCCCCUCUGUCCCUCAGGCAUUCUAGACUCUGUUCUGACAGGACUAAAUUGCUCCUACAAAAAUAAUAGUAUUAAUGUAUAAGCCAAUUCUAUAUUUGUGAUAGAAGAAAAAAUGAAUAUUCUUUAACAGGAAGUAUGGUCCUAGAAGGGAUAUUAUAUGGUAAAUUACAGUGAUAGCAAUAGAUCUGGUUGACAUGACA